CCAGGAUUGGACCCCGAAUCUCGCGUGACACAGGGCCAAAAUUAACCAACAAUUCAUAUGUAAAACAACAGAGGGCUGUGGUGACGGCAUUCUAUGGCCAAAAAUAUAAUCCUCCAAGGUGCUACCACUCGACGCGGGCGCGCUCGUUUUUCUGUUUCUAGACACCAAAAACGCUGCGACAUCGCAAACCUGCACCCAAGAAACCCCAAUAAGUGGAUUCUGAACAACUCAUAGGCCCAACCAACCACCCACUUUACGCGCUUGUUGCGCUUCCAGUCCCUCUCCUCGACAGUUCACGAUACUAAUCAUCAGUCUUUGCAACGAAUACGACAUGCCUCUGUUAUGACUGUGUCAGCGUCUAUACCAGCAACAAAAAUAGACCCCAAAAACUUUAUUAUUUCACCAAGACCAAAAACCACCAAGUAGAUGGGAAUAUCCUCCAGCAAAUCCCCACCACCACCACCCCCAGGCGGAGGUAUAAGCGGGGCAAACUGGCAUAACAGCAACCACUACCACUACAACAACUACCAAAGUAAUAGUAAUAACCGCUACGACGACAACAACAACAACCGGCGAUUGCUCGGACCAAAACGACCCCGAGUAAAAUCCCGGUCUUCCCUCCCAACCUCCCAAACACCAGUGGCCCAGCCCACUAUGCCCUCCUUCUUCUCCUUCGAGCAAGGAUCCGAACGCACCCAAAACGUCCGCUUCUUCAACGGCGAAUCCUCCCCUCUCCUCGGCCGGUUCCGCGCCGUUCCUCGACCAAACACCACCUUUGGCGGCCCUCAUAGGACGAACACGGGCGGUAGCAUCAGUAGUAUUGGUAGCGGUCCGACAGGCGGGAGGGCGAGGCACUACCACCCGCCACGAGGAGGAGCGCAGGCUGGGAUAAUAAAUGAGCCCGGGUGGAGGGGCAGUGUUCAUGUGGGCUAUGGGGCUAUCGUAGCUGCUGAGGCCGAGGCGGAGGAGGAGGCCGGGGACGGGGAUGAUGAGGCGGAGAGUGACUCGGAUGAUUCCCAGGGCCCGGGGUGGAGGAGGAUGGGGAAGGGGACCAGGAGGUUGAGGAGGGUGAUGAGACGGAUGAGGGAUACGUGGGUUGAUCCCAAGGCGGGAGUGGUGAGGAGGCUGGUGGACGUUUGGUGGAGCAGAUGGGCUGUGCUGGUGGUGCUACCUGCUAGUUUGGCUGUGGCAUGGUGCGCGAUACCAUUCCCGCAGUACCCCCUCCCGUGGGACGACGACGACAACUCUGGAGUACCUGGGCAGGCCCCUAGCGGGAAGGUGCCCGGUCACGGAGCAGCAAGGGUGCAGGUCAACUUUUGGUUCUUUUUGUUUGUCUACUACAGCUUCUACAACCUGACGGCCUUGAUUUGGAUCACCAAGGUUUUCAACAUUUACAGCCUCAACUGGUGGCCGCAGUCUCUCGGCUUUCCUGUCACUGUCUCCGCCAUCGCCAUCCUGUCGCUUGCGGCGCCGCUACCGCUCUACCUGGUUCCUGAGGCGAGAUGGCUGACGGCGCACAACACGGUGUGGAUCUCGUGGACAUUCUGCAUCAUGGCCAUGCCCGUCGCUAUCGCCUUUUUCAUUCUCUUGACCAACGAGCGCCAUCUUGGCCUCCGCCAUUCUUUGUCAGAGACUCAACGCAUCUUCACCUCAUCCUGGUGGACGGGCGAGCGUGAAGACACCAUUUCCAGGAGAGAAAGACGUCAGCGCGCUGCCCUGGACCCAAGCGCAUUCGAUCCUAACGCUGAUCCUUCGCAAAUCGGGUACAACGACGCUCGAUACCAGCCCCGAGCGCGCAGGAUAAGACGGCGGUGGUUACCGGCCAGCUUUGUCAGAUUUGUCUGGUUCUGUCUCGCGUUGUUGAUCGGCUUGCUGGCCUAUGUUAUUGGAGAGGCCUAUGCCGAGAUUUACCUCCGGACGCUGCCGCAUAACAACUUGGAGACGAUUGUGUAUGUGUAUGGCUGGAUCUCGACCGUUCACCUGCUCGACGGGUUGACGGGGUGGAUUUUGGGCGGGCAGGAGGGGGAGAGGGUGGGGAGUUACCCCCUGAGUUGGAUUUUCAAGCUAUACUUUAUGCUCACGUACCAAACCUACGUCCGCGCCCUAUACGCCCGCCUCCGCGAUCCCAAACAGUUCAUGUACCUCCAGAUCCUGUCAUCAACCAGCCUCAUCGUCGUGACCCCCAUCCUGAUGUCCCGCUCAGUCCACUGGGUGUUCUCCAUCCUCGGACUAAACGGGCAGUCGUAUGGCUCUUACCAAAAGAUUUGCAUACGCAACGUCUUCAUCCGCUUCAUGGCCGAGAACGCGUCCAUGCUCGCCUUUUUGGGGAGCGUGGUGGUGUUGCACUUUGGGGCGAACAAGGAUGUGUACCCGUACUUUUCGUUUGACGGCGCGGACGAGACGGAGCAGUACACAUUUAACCUGACGUUCAAGGCGUCGAGCAUCACUUGGGCGUGCGAGCUGGCGGCGAGCUUUGUCGUGGCGGGGCUGAUCAGGUUGAUUUAUGGGGUUAGUGUGGUGGUGGAGGGGAAGCUGGACUUUGCGGUUUGGCCGGAGCUGUUGCCGACGGCGGUGGCGGUGACGCUGCAUGUGCUGCAGAAUAUGUUGUUUUCGAUCGUGAGGUUGCAGUUUAGAUGAGGGUGUGGGAGAAGGUGGGUUGGUUUAUGAAAGUAUGUGGAUAUGGCAAGAGUAAUUUUGUAAACGGAUGAGUAAAAGAGUGUAUGAACGGGUUGACGGUAUGGGUUUGUUUAUAAAGGGGGAGGGAAGUUUGGCUUGUUUUUUUCCGUGCACGGUUUGCAUGAUACCCCCCCCUUUUCUUUUUUACUUUUUCCUUUUUAGUUCUCUCGUUUUUGAGCAUUUUCAAACAGAGUUGGAGCGCAAGUUAUUCGUGAAGAGUAUGAAUAGUCAUGAGGAGUAUAUAUGAGAGAUAUGAGUUAUGUAUAUAUGACGAGCUAAUAAAUACUCUGUU